CAGCUGUCCCAAUCGAAGAGAAAAAAGUUAUUUAUUUUCUUUGUGGGGUCCAGACGGCUAAGACCGCUCAGUUUCAAGUUCGUCAAUAUAUUUACUAACUUUAAUUGAAAUAACAUUACUAACUGUUUACCAAUCGAAAUUAUGGAAAAUGCGUUUGCUCCCAUAAGUGAAGCUUGUAUAAAAGCUUUAAGUGAUAAGACCUACGAGAAGCGUAAGAUUGCAGCAUUGGAAAUAGAAAAAAUGGUAGCCGAUUUCAAUGCGAAGAAAAAUGUUGUGCAAAUUCGACGGAUCAUCGAUGUUCUGAGCAAAGAUUUCGUUACUUCGAACGAUUCUAAUAAGAAGAAGGGUGGAUUGAUUGCACUAGCGGCUACUAGCAUUGCACUGGGUAAAGACACGGAAAAAUUUUUAGACGAGAUUGUUAACCCGAUUUUGAACUGCCUAAUGGACACCGACACGCGAGUUCGCUAUUUUGCCAGCGAAUCUCUUUAUAAUGUGGUUAAGGUCUCUAGAGGGUCCAUUAUACCUCAGUUCCCAAGUCUAUUCACUUCUUUGAGUCGUUUGGUAACCGAUCCGGAUCAGACUGUCAAAAAUGGGAGUGAGCUACUGGAUCGGCUACUUAAGGAUAUUGUUAUCGAAUCGUCCAGUACGUUCGAUCUGGACGCGUUUAUUCCUUUGAUAAGGGAACGUAUUCUGGCCAAGAACUCGUUCGCGAGGCAGUUUAUUAUUUCGUGGAUCUCAGUGUUGGAUGCCGUACCGGAAAUCAAUAUGGUAGUCUAUUUACCGGAGAUUCUGCUAGGAUUGUUCCAGAUGCUAGAAGACAACAUGCCGGAGAUUCAACGAAUGUGUGAAACGCUAUUGCAGCAGUUUCUUAAAACGAUAAAAUCCAAUCCGACAGCGGCAAACAUCCCGGAAAUGAUGAAUGUAUUGAUUGUACAAGCUCAAACCAGCAACACUUUGGUUCAGUUUACGGCCAUCUGUUGGAUAAAUGAGUUUGUCCAAUUGGCAGGAAGCGAUAUUAUUGGAUUUGCAUCGGGAAUUUUCACGGCUAUUCUACCGUGUUUAGCUUUCGAGAACGAGUCAAAAAAGCACAUCAAGGAUUGUGCCACCGCAGUGAAUAUCCACUUGUUGGAGUUGGUGUCUGCCAAGGACGAUAAGCGAAAGAAUCUGGAUAAAAUGGAUCUCGACUCAGUGAUGGAAGUUCUCCGGCAGUACCUCAUCCACAGUUCGGUACCAACCAAGAUCGCUGUAUUGAAAUGGAUUCAUCAUUUAUUCACGGAAGUUCACGAUGAAAUGUCCAGUCAUGCAAAAAAUUUGUUUCCGGUGUUACUCAGGGACUGUUUAUCGGACAGCUCUGAUGAGGUAGUGCUACAAGCGAUUGUAGUACUUGCUGAAAUAGUGAAUUCUGCUACGGCUAAGGGCAGUGACUUCGACCAGUUGCAGUAUAAGCAUUUUCUCGUGGAAUUACUGACUCAGUUUAGUGAAAAUAAAAUUUUUCUCGAGAACCGAGGAACGCUGAUUAUACGGCAGCUUUGUCGAUUGUUGAAUGCAGAGUUUACUUAUCGAACGUUUGCCGAAAUACUGCUAGAGGAAAAUAUCAAUCUGCGGUUUGCUUCUACCAUGGUUCGCACGUUGAACAUGAUUUUACUUACGACAUCCGAUUUAUUCGAUCUGCGAAACUCCCUGAGAGAUAUUAAAACGGACAAAUCAGCUUCCCUGUUCGAGUGUCUCUAUCGCUGCUGGUCACAUUGUGCGGUAUCAACCCUGUCUCUAUGUCUUUUGGCUCAGUGCUAUCAACACGUUUCUGAGAUUGUGAUUCUGUUUGCCGACAUGGAGAUUACCGUCGAUUUUAUGGUAGAGAUAGACAAGCUAGUUCAACUGAUUGAAUCUCCUAUCUUCGCUUCACUCCGGCUGGCACUGGUUUCUCAUGCGAAUGAUAAUGUCGAUGCACAGCACUUGUCUCGUGCACUUUAUGGAAUCCUGAUGCUACUUCCCCAAACAGAAGCAUUCAAUUUGCUCCGAAAUCGGCUGCAGUGCGUACCCAAUUAUUGGGGACAACCAGCACAGAUCAAAUGUAAAUCGACGAAUGAGGCUCAAAGUAUGGUUAAUUUUGAUAAACUGUUUACACAUUUUAAGAAGAUUCAGGACUUGCAUCACCGGCAAAGGUUAGAACAGAGGAAGAAAAAUCAGUUUUAGGCAGAGAUUUUCUUUCAUCUAAUACUAGGUAGCCUAUGAGAAAGAAAUAUAAUGCAGCAUUCCAGCUUGUUACAGAUA